AUGGAUUAUAUCAUAUCGAAAAGAUAUCGAAAAGAUAUCGAAAAGUAUCGAAAUGAUAUCGAAAAGUAUCGAAAAGAUAUCGAAAUUAUCGAUAUAUCGAAAAGUACCGAUAAUCGAAAAGUACCAAAAAGAUAUCGAAAAGUACCGAAAAGAUAUCCAAAAGUACCGAAAAGAUAUCUAAAAGUACCGAAAAGAUAUCGAAAAGUACCGAAAAGAUAUCGAAAAGUACCGAAAAAUUUUCGAAAAGUAUCGAAAAGAUAUCGAAAAGUAUCGAAAAGAUAUCGAAAAUACCGAAAAGAUAUCGAAAAGUACCGAAAAGAUAUCGAAAAGUACCGAAAAGAUAUCGAAAAGUACCGAAAAGAUAUCAAAAAGUACCGAAAAGAUAUCGAAAAGUACCGAAAAGAUAUCGAAAAGUACCGAAAAGAUUUCGAAAAGUACCGAAAAGAUAUCGAAAAGUACCGAAAAGAUAUCGAAAAGUACCGAAAAUAUAUCGAAAAGUACCGAAAAGAUAUCGAAAAGUACCGAAAAGAUAUCGAAAAGUACCGAAAAGAUAUCGAAAAGUACCGAAAAGAUAUCGAAAAGUACCGAAAAGAUAUCGACAAGUACCGAAAAGAUAUCGAAAAGUACCGAAAAGAUAUCGAAAAGUAUCGAAAAGAUAUCGAAAAGUAUCGUUAA